AUGGACGCUGAGAAACUUUCCAAACUUCAAGUUCAGGUUCGCAUCGGCGGAAAAGGUACUCCACGUCGCAAGACCAAGAAAUUCAUCAAGGUCUCUGGUUCUGGAGAUGACCGAAAGCUGUCCGCUGCUCUCACAAAACUGGGUGUACAGCCCAUCGCUGGUGUCGAGGAAGUCAAUAUGUUCAGGGACGAUGGUAUGGUUAUUCACUUUGGUGCCCCCAAAGUCCAAGCUGCCGUCAACUGUAACACCUUUGCAAUCCAUGGCCGAGCCACUGAAAAAAACUUGGCUCAACUCGUCCCUGGUAUCUUGAAUCAAAUGGACCCUGAAUCCUUGGCCAUCCUACGUAAACUCGCCGAAGCUUACCAGACUAAUCAAGCUGCUGGUACUAGUGGGGAUGAGGACGAUGAGAUCCCGGAUUUGGUCGAGAGCUUUGACAAGGUUGAUAUUAAAGAAGAGAGAGCAUUUAUUUGA